UUUUUUUUUUUUUUAAAUUUUUGAAAUUGCUGAUUGGAUUGGAGAUGCGUCUAGGGCUUGAGUGGUCCUAGUGAUGCGUAUUAGGGCUUAAUUGUGUUUCCGGGUUGAAUUAAGCAGCUUAUAAUAGUCUACUGGAAAUUAGAGGAACGAUUUGUAAUAUGAAAAUAGUAAAUGAUGUUUAAGGAAUCUUUGAAAAUUGUUAAUUCAAUCCUUAGUCAAUAGGGUGUUGAUUGAACUGGCAAAUACUCCGGUAGGUGUGGAUACAUAUCCAGUUGGACUUGAUUUUCGUCUUCAAGAAGUGAUGAGUUUGUUAGAUGUUAAAUCCAAUGGCAUUCGAGUUCUUGUAUUAUAUGGUAUGGGCGGUGUUGGUAAGACAACACUUGCCAAGGCUCUUUGUAAUAAACUUGUUGGUCGCUUUGAGUGCCUAAGUUUCAUUUCAAAAGUAAGAGAAAAAUCUGCAAAUGGCGAUGGUUUAGCAUCCCUUCAGGACAAACUUAUCCAUGAUCUUUCCUCUGGUAAGGUUCCUGUAUAUUCUAAUUCUAUCGCUGCAAUCAAAGAAUUAGUUCGUGAGAAGAGAGUUCUUGUUGUUUUAGAUGAUAUUGAUAAUGUAACUCAGCUUGAUUUACUUAUUGGGAGAAGAGAAUGGUUUUUUGAAGGAAGUAGAAUCAUCAUCACCACAAGAGACAGAGAAGUUUUGCCCGAGCAUCUAGUGAAUGCAUUUUAUGAGGUCAGAGAGUUGGGAAGCUCUGACGCACUUAAGCUUUUUAGCUACCAUGCACUAAGAAGAGACAAACCCACAGAUAAAUUUUGUGAUCUUUUGGUUACAUGGGCUCGUCAGUCCAUAAGCCCAACAGUGUCAAAUUAAUCAUCCACAAACAAUUUGAUAUAGUGAACCAAUACACUAUAAAAAUGAUUUUCUCAUCAUUCUUACCUUUUAUAUGUUCAUGUGCAUAAAAUCUCGAUCUUGCAUACGCUAUGUUGAAUGCCUUGGCCCUCAUUCCAAGCCAAAGAUUUCAAAGUCUGUAUUUCAUUAAAGUAGGCACAUAGGAGGUGACUAUUCAAGUAUUAUUAUUGACAUCCUUGUUACUCAUGUUAAUACUUAUUAACAGCGAUGAAGUGCAGCGGAUUCAAUUGUUAGUCAAACGGGUGUUGACUGAACUGGCAAAUACUCCAAUGGGUGUGGCUACAUAUACAG